CAUCUGGGCAGAAAUUUGCUGCGCGUGGGAUGAGAAGCUCUGGGAGCACCAGUCCAAACGCCCAAUAGAACACACAGAAUGCCGUUCAGGUAUCCAAUUCCAGCAUUAUCGGCAACUUGGGCUUAGAAGAGGCGUUGCUUGGCUAGCCGAAGUUUUCCUGUUCCUAUCGAAUCUCGCGCAGCCCCGUUCCCGACCACCCGUCGCGCCUGAUCGUCCAAUUCCCGAGACUCUACCUUGCUCCCUCCUCCCUUCGGUGGUCACCAUGUCCGCCUCGCGCGUCCCGGCCUGGAAGCGAUUGGGCCUCAAGCUCAAGGGGCCUGGAUCUGACGAAGCUAUCCCUAGCUCGGGAGGCCCCAAUGCAGGCACAAAGCCCUUCGCGCAGGUUCCCAAUGCCCACCAAACCCGUGCAAUUGGAAAUCCAGCGAGCGCCUUGAAAAGGAAACAACCAAGCUCUGCUUCCCAGGCGAACGCUGUCUCCACGCAUACACCGAAUAAGAAGCCGCGGACAGACGAGCAAAGGGCAGUGAAUGGCGGGACGCCGUCUUCAGUGAGGAAACAGGUCUCGUUCGCCGACGGUACCAAGGACAACACCAAGGCUAAGACCUCCGAGCCAUCAAAGAAGAAGGCCAAGAAGAAGAAGACCAAACAGACCACCGACACACCGAAGAGUGACUUCAGCCUCGAGCCCUCCCUAAACUACCUCCGCCAGUGGCACACGGCGAGGGAAGCUUGGAAAUUCAACAAGAACCACCAGACGCUUCUAAUCAAGUACGUCUUCGACGAGGGCAAAAUUCCCUCGUCCGACAUCUCGAUUUUCUACGAAUACAUCCGAGACCUAAAAGGAUCCGUUCGGACAAGGUUACGAGAGACGGCAGCGGAAAUCAAGAAGAAAGACAUGGAGGCCGGCCAGGGCGCAUUUCCGGCAUCAGUCAAGGACAGGGAGAGCAAGCAAAGAGAAUACGAAGAAACGAUAUCCCGAUUCUUGAAAGACCUCCAACAGUACCAGAAACAGCACAAUGGCAGCACGACCAACGCCAAUGGCAAGCGCGCCCUCGACGAAAUGAAGUAUGUCAUCCGGAUCGCCACCCCGGAGGUCAAGCAGCGCCUCCUCAAGCGCAUCCGCGCCGAGGUUAUCCUAGACGAGCUAUCAGACAGUGACGAGAGCACAACAUCAACAACAACAAUAUCCGCUAGCACAACAACCACGUCCUCCUCUGCCUCUUCCGGCGGCCAGGAAGAAGCCACCACCACUGCCACCGUGGACAGGAGCCGGCCACGGAGCGACAGCUCUCAGCAGCCGGCCAAGCGGAGGAGGCUAAGGAACGUGCGGACCGACAUCGCUGAUGACGACAGCAGCUCGUCCGAGUCGGAGUUGUCCGAGAGCGAGUCCGAGAGCAGCUCUAGCGAUGAUGAGUCGGAGGAUGAGGAGAUGGUAGAUGCGGCGCUCGACGGGGCAAGUUCGAGCUCGAGUAGUAGCAGCUCGUCAUCGGAAUCAGAAGGGGAAGAAGACUCAGAGAGUGAGUCGGACGCAGAAAGUGAAUCAGGGGGGAGUAGUAGCAGUGAGGAGGACUGAACAAGGGUUGUGCCACGAUGUCUGGAAGGAGGAAGGGCAGCCGAUGUUAGAAUACCCACGGAGAGUUGGAUAUGUAUUGUACCACUAUCCUAGUUGCACAACUAGCGUACGACCAUUCAUGUUCUAAAGCAAGAAUACCUGUAUUGUACCCCCAAAUGCUGUGGCACCGGAUGCUGCCACCCGAUGUCUAAA